AUGUCUGGUAGCUGCUAUUCCAGGAAAUGCCCCUCCGUGCCAGCCAUCUCUCUCUGCUCCACUGGGGUGAGCUGUGGAGGGCCUGUCUGCUUGCCCAGUUCCUGCCAGAGCCAGACAUGGCAGCUGGUGACGUGUCAAGAUAGCUGUGGAUCACCCAGCUGCAGUCGGCAAUGCUGUCAGCCCUCCUGUCCUGUGAGCAGCCGCUGCCAACCUGUGUGCUGCACAGCCACCAUUUGUGAACCUUCUUGCUCUGUGAGCAGCUGUGCCCAACCCCUGUGCUGUGAGCCCACCGUUUGUGAGCCUCCUUGUCCCGAGAAUAGCUGUGCCCAACCUGUGUGCUGUGAGGCCACUUCCUGUCAACCAGUCCUCUGUGUGCCCACAUGCUGUCAGCCUGUCCUCUGCAAACCCAGCUGCUGCCAGCCAGUUGCCUGUGAGCCCAGCAGUGGCUCAGCUGUUUGCACUGUGCCUAGUGCCUGCCAACCCAUGGUUUGUGAGCCUGUUUGCUGCCAGCCGGUGUGCCCAACGCCUAGCUGUGGUCCCUCUACCUGCUCUGUGGCCAGUAACUGCCAGGCUGUCUGCUGUGACCCCAGUCCCUGUGAGCCGUCUUGUCCAGAGACCAGCGUCUGCCAGCCGGCUCCCUGCCUGGCUCUGGUCUGUGAGCCCGUCUGCCUCCGCCCUGUCUGCUGUGUUCCAAGCCCCUGCGAACCACCUUGUGUCUCUAGCACUUGCCAGGAGCCUUCUUGUUGCAUCUGCAGUGUCUGUCAGCCCAUCUGCUCUGAGCCCAGCCCCUGCUCACCAGCUGUCUGUGUGCCCAGCCCGUGCCAGCCUACCUGCUACGUGGUCAAGCCCUGUCGUUCGGUCAGCUGUGAGCCUGCGUCCUGCCCACCUACAUCUUGCCAGCCUCUCUGCUGCCGGCCAGGGUCUUCCGCAUCUGCCAUUUGCCAGCCAACCUGCCCUCGGACUUUCUAUGUACCCAGUUCCUGCAAACGGCCUUGCAGUCCUGCGGUUUCUUACCGACCAGUCUGCCGCCCGGUCUAUCGCCCGAUCUGCUCUGGACUCCUCUCCUACAGGCAGCCCUAUGUGACCUCCAUCUCCUACCGUCCUGCCUGCUACCGUCCCUGCUACUCCAUCCAGCGCCGCCCCAUCUGCCUCACCUCCUACUCUUACCGCCCUGUCUGUACUCGACAGCCUUGCUCUGAGUUAGACUCCAGCAAACAGGAUUGCAAGAAGUUCACUGCCAGCCAACCGGAUUGUGCUGACUCAGCCCCCUGCAAAGCAGAGGUCUCAGAAGAGGGUCCCUGUCAGCCCACUGAGUCCAAACCCAGCACUCCAAUUACCCGUGAGGCUGCAGCCACUCGGCCCACUUCCAGCAAGCCUGCCGUCUGCUAA